UUUGGUCCAUUCUAGGCUAAUGUGACGCAAACGAACAGCUCCUCCUCUUCAACUCCUUAUCCUUUCAUUCCACCUCUCUCUCUCUCUCUCUCUCUCUCUCUCUCUCUCUCUCUCCAUGUCAUCUGUAGCUACCCCGCUUUCAAGUGCAUUAUCAAUGGCUGAAAGUUGUUUAGCCUCCGUACCUACCUUCUUCACCCCCAAAAACCAAUACCCAGUUCACUCUUUUCCUUCUAUACCAAUCAAUCUCUCACACCUCUCAUGCUCAUCUUCAAGUUCUUCCCCUUCAUGGGUCACUCUCAAAACCAAGUCUUCACCUUUCAGGAUAGUCCCACUUGUAGCUCAGACUUCAGAUUGGGCCCAACAAGAGGAAGACGGUGAACAAGAAAAGGGAAAUGAAGAAGAAGGGUUUAAUUGGGAAGCUCAAGGGGAGACAGAGGGAGGCUUAGAGGCACGUGUUUCUUCCGAUGAGGGUGAUGGUUGGGGAGGUGAGGUUGAAGAUGGAAAUGAGAGUGCUGGGGAUGGAGAUGGGGUUUCGGUGGGGAGUGAAGUAGAAUUUUAUCCUGAACCACCUGAAGAGGCCAAGCUCUUUGUGGGUAAUUUACCUUAUGAUGUGGAUAGUGAGAAACUUGCUCAGUUCUUUAAUCAAGCUGGAAUUGUUGAAAUUGCUGAGGUAAUUUAUAAUAGAGAAACUGAUCAGAGUAGAGGCUUUGGGUUUGUAACUAUGAGUACUGUUGAAGAAGCUGAGAAAGCUGUGGAGUUGUACAACGGUUAUGAUUUAGAUGGAAGGUUAUUGACAGUAAACAAGGCUGCCCCUAGAGGGUCAAGGCCUGAAAGAACAAGGGCAAAUGAACCUGGUUUCAGAAUCUAUGUUGGUAACCUACCAUGGCAAGUGGACGAUGCUCGGCUGGAGCAGGUGUUCAGUGAACAUGGAAAGGUGGUAAAUGCCAGGGUAGUUUAUGAUCGGGACUCAGGACGUUCCCGGGGUUUUGGCUUUGUUACAAUGUCUAAUGAGACAGAACUGAACGAUGCUAUUGCUGCUCUUGAUGGACAGAGCUUGGAUGGCAGAGCAAUUAGAGUAAAUGUUGCUGAACAACGACCAAGGCGUACUUCAUUUUCAUUUUAAAAAAAGGUUUAUUCUUCCCGGUGAAAAUGAACUCUGCAACAUAGGUGUAUUGGGCCGAGAGAAAAAAUCUGGCAUUCCCAUGCUUUUUUUUUUUUUUUUUUUUGGUUAUUUAUAAUUUAUUUUCCUCUUAUAGUAUGACGACAAAAAUGCUUUAUGUUGAGGGUUUAGAAAUUUCUUGAUAUCAGGUUGUACCAUGCCUUUCUUUUCUCUUGCUUGUCUAUGAGGUUGUUAUAUCCUCCUUUUUUUCUCUUUUGUUAUUGUAUUUAAUCAGUAAUGCAAUAUCUUUUCACAUUUAAUUGCA